AAGGAGGGAGGGAUCUAAGCUAAGGCUGCAGCGUGGCUGUGUGUCUGAAUGAAAGAACCUCUCUCUCCCACUCUCUCCUGCUGUCUGUAUGUAUGGCUUAUGUCCGCUGCAGCGAGUGAGCACAUGUCCCGAGCAAACACAGCAGGACUCUCCAAGUGGCUUCAAGCUGGAAGUAAAUAUUUUGCAGAAACUUUGGCUGAAGAUUCUCUAUAAACUGAAUAACAAGGACUGAAUCUCUCCACAUCAACAGGACUCUGGGAGAUUGGCAGCUCCACGCACCACCUGGACAUCUCCUCACCAUCAAAAGAAUUCACUGGAUCAGUUUGACCUUAUUUUACCGUAUUUACACACAGAGCAAUUCUGUGCGCUUUGUAGGUCUCGGGCCAACUUGCAGGCAGGUGUGAUGCUGGAUCAGUGUGUUUGAUACACACAGUCACACUUCUACACACACACACACACACACGGUUGCCUGAAACCAGGACAUCAAAUGAGGACAUCCAAUACUCCAAACCUUUUCAGAAAAGCUAACUUUGAGUCUCCUGCCUGUGUUUGACAGAUGCUGGUGGAGAUGUAACAUGUAGAUUGUCUUACAACAAGUCUUCCCUCUUCUCACACAUUAUAGUGAAAUAUUACAUUUACUGCAUCAUUGGGUCAAGCACCAAACUAUCCUGAACUGAAAGACAGCAUCUUCCACACCAUGACCCUACAGACCUGUAAUUUGCAGCAUGCCUUCCUCCCUCACCUCCUUCUCCUCAUCCUGAUUUUCCUCCUCCACGCCUGGCGGGGGUGCUGUCAUCCCCAGUGUUUGGACUACAAGCCUCCGUUUGAGCCCCGGCAGCCAUUGGUCUUCUGCAAGGAGUAUUCCAAGUUUGGAUGCUGCGAUCUGGAAAAAGAUGAGGAGAUAUCAGUCCGAUUUUACAAAAUCAUGGAGAACUUUGACCAUUCAGGUUACGUAACCUGUGGCAAGUACAUGCGCAGCAUCCUAUGCCAGGAGUGUUCUCCAUACGCUGCCCACCUGUACGAUGCCGAAGAUGCUAACACACCUAUGCGGAUGCUGCCUGGACUGUGCGGCGAUUACUGCUCCGACUACUGGCAUCAGUGUCGGUACACCCUCAGUCUCCUAUUGGAGGACCUGGGGAGCCCGCAGCAGUUUGCAAACCUGACUGCAACGAUCGAAGAAGAUCGCAGAAGGUUCUGUGACUUUCUGGUGCUGAAGGACAACCAGUACUGCUAUCCUAAUGUAGUUACAAAUGCAGAGCUAAAUGCUAACCUUGGCUUUGUACGUGAAGAUCCCAAGGGAUGUCUGGAGUUGUGUUUACAGGAGGUUGCCAACGGGCUCCGUAACCCUGUGGCCAUGAUCCACGCAGACGAUGGAACUCAUCGAUUCUUUGUGGCGGAGCAGCUCGGUUAUGUGUGGGUGUAUCUGGCCAGUGGCUCCAGGAUCGACCGCCCAUUCCUCAACCUCACCAGGGCUGUGCUUACAUCGCCGUGGGCAGGAGAUGAGAGGGGAUUCCUCUGCAUAGCCCUACAUCCAAGGUUCACCACGGUCAGAAAAGCCUACGUAUACUACUCUGUAUCUGUCAAGAAGGAGGAGAGGAUACGGAUCAGCGAGUUCACACUUUUAACUCAUGAUGACAACCAACUAGACCACUCCUCUGAGAGAACCAUCCUUGAGGUGGUAGAGCCGGCAUCCAAUCACAAUGGAGGACAGCUUCUAUUUGGCCAUGAUGGGUAUUUGUACAUAUUUAUAGGUGAUGGUGGCAGAGCUGGGGACCCAUUUGGAAAAUUUGGCAACUCACAGAACAAGUCAGCGCUCCUCGGCAAGGUGCUGCGUGUUGAUGUCGAGGACAAUGACAAUGGCGCCCCGUACAGUAUCCCCUCAGACAACCCGUUCUUGUGGGAGAAGGAAGCACGACCUGAGGUUUAUGCCUAUGGGGUUCGCAACAUGUGGCGCUGCUCCAUUGACCGCGGUGACCCCGCUACAGGCCGAGGCAGAGGCAGGAUGUUCUGUGGUGACGUAGGCCAGAACAAAUAUGAAGAGGUGGACAUCAUUGUCAAAGGAGGCAACUACGGAUGGAGGGCCAAAGAAGGCUUCAGCUGCUACGAUCGCAAACUCUGCCAAAACUCCUCGCUAGAUGACAUCUUGCCUAUCUUUGCCUACCCCCACAAGUUGGGCAAAUCAGUGACAGGAGGAUACAUCUACAGAGGUUGUCAGAUGCCCAACCUCAAUGGGCUCUACAUCUUCGGUGACUUUAUGAGUGGCCGUCUGAUGUCUCUUAAGGAGAAUGUCACCACUGGGGAAUGGCAGUACAAUGAGAUCUGCAUGGGGACAGACCAGACCUGCAGAUUCCCCAAACUCAUCAACAGUUACUAUAAAUACAUCAUCUCGUUUGCUGAGGAUGAAGCAGGGGAAUUGUAUUUCUUAGCCACAGGAGUCCCGAGUGCCACAGCCAGAGCAGGAGUCAUCUAUAAGAUAGUGGACCCUUCCAGGCGAGCGCCGCCAGGAAAAUGCAACAUCAAGCCUUCACCUGUUAAGAUAAAGGGAAAACUGAUUCACUUCCACCCCAAAGAAGAGUUUGUAAUCAACAAGAAACCAACCACCACACCUAUACCCACAACAACCAGAAAAACUACAACCACAACAAGAACUCCAACAAGAAGAAAACCUAUUAUAAUAAUAAAACCACCAAUGCCAACAAGAAAAACAAUUAGAAAAACACCACCACCACCACCAACGACACCAACAGCAAGAAAAACAACAUUACAGACAACAAGAAAAACAAUGAGAAAAACACCACCACCACCAACAACAAAGACACCAACUAUAAAAGCAACAACGAGAAAAACACCUCCACCACCAACACCAACUAUAAAAGCAACAAUGAGAAAAACACCACCACCACCACCAACACCAACUAUAAAAGCAACGACAACAAUAAAAACAACCUCAGCAACAACAAUAAAACCAACAACAACCGUACCAACAACUGUCCAGAUGGCAACAACCCCUGCCACAACCACACCCACUGGUUAUCGCACAACCGUCAUGACUGCAGCCAUGUCUAGGAUUGCUCAAUCCCCAAUCGUCACCACACCUCCAACCAGGAGACACAGGAGACCCCUUCAGACCCCUCUUUGUACCACCUCUCAACCUUUAACCUCACUGCAACCUUCUCCAUCUACAACAUCCCUGAAAGGACCCCAGGUGACUCUGACCUCUGCACGUUACCUCGAGCAUCCUGGAGUGUUCACCACACCUCGGCUGCCAUAUUGGAACCAGAAACCCACGGUAUCAGGCUACGUGCCCCAGAGACCACCGAUCAACACAACGCUGCUUAAAUCACAGGAAGAGAAGCUGUGGCUCGGAGAGAAGCAGGAAAUUGCUGGGGAGGGUAACCAGGUGUUUAAGAGGCCUCGAGGAAGAGGUAGAGGGCGCGGUUACAAGCGAGGAAGAAGGCUGCGGGUUGGCUCAGUGCGACUGGUAAGCGCUGAUGGUUUAUCAGAUCGAGGUAGAGUGGAGAUCUUUAUCCGUGGUGAGUGGGGGACAGUGUGCGAUGACCUUUUCAGCAACAAAGCAGGUACCGUAGUGUGUCGACAGCUUGGUUUCACGACGGCGUUGGCAGUGAUGAAGAGGGCUGCGCUGGGGGAGGCAGACAGGAGCGUCAGGAUCCUGUUGGAUGACGUGGAGUGUGAGGGUGGAGAGAGGUCGCUGCUGGAGUGCAAGAGAUCCAGGGUUGGGAAACACAAUUGUUCACAUGGGGAGGAUGUAGGGGUGAUCUGCGGUUAGCAGAGAUGGGUGAAAGUAAAAGAAAAGCAUAGGAAGGGAAGGAGGAGACAGUGGAGUGAUGAAUUGUAUUUUGUUUUCCAGUUUGCAUAUUUGUUUCAUUUUUCAUUUCCCAUCCACUUCUAAAUGAAGAAAAUAUCAAAAAUACUUUUUUUUUUUUUUACAUAGAUGAGGAGCAUAGAUGAUGAGUUUCUCCUAAACUUACUCAGUCUACUGACCCUACUUUGAAACUUAACAAAAGAGAUGCGGCACGGUCAGUCGUGACCCAGCAGUGGAUGGUACUGGAAGUACUGCGCUGACUUACUGUCUAUUUAGAGCCCAAAUAGUCACUACAUCUCACCAACCUGAAGGAUUCCCAAAUUAAUUUUGCUGUGACACAUUUUGGUUUAAUUUAGAUUGAUGUUUUCGGUCUUACUUCUUGAACCAUUAACACACAUUUUAUUUUAAGAAUAUAGAUGGUUUUGAUUUACUCAGAAAUGGUAAAAGUGGACUGCGUGAGUCUUGGAUAAACUUUAAUCAAUUCUGGCUGUGUGUUCUGUUUACAUUCUUGACAUCCAUGAGGCAAAAAUACAGCAUAUCAAAAUAGUCAAUUGUGUUCUAAGAAGAUAUUUGUAUUUUUGUAUUGUAUAAUUUCAGCAGGUCUAUUUUCUAAAGCAGCUUUUUAUAAUUUGCAUUUUGAUUCCUUUUGUUGAAUGUAGUUUUAAGAUGAAAAAAAGUUUUAACAAGGAAAUGCUGGACAUUCUGUAUGAUGAAUGUAAUAAAAUAUUUCCAGUUUUAUAUAAAGAGAUUUGAGGGCACAGAGUGCCUGUGAUAUGAAUAAAGUUUUACUGCAAAAUGA